AUGGAACAAAACGUUCCAAAUAGCUGGCAUACUAAAUCCAUCGAAGUAGUAGCCCAGGAACUCAAUACAUCACUCACUCUUGGCUUGACUGAAUCUGAAGUCAUAUCACGACAGACAAUUUAUGGAUUAAACGAGCUUUCUUCCGAUGGAGGCCUGACCUGGUUUACCGUAUUUGUUCGACAACUGAAAGAUGUCAUGAACUGGAUUUUUUUGGUUCUUGGUAUCGUUUCCUAUGUUUUAAACGAUUUCAUCACAGGCUCCAUUUUGAUCAUGGUUGCUGUAGUCAACGUAUACUUAUCGUUUCAUCAAGAGUACGCAGCAGAGCAAACUUUAGCUGCCCUUCGAAAUUUGUCUUCGCCUAGAGCCGAUGUUAUCCGUGAUGGCGUAGAAAUAACCGUAGAUAGCAUAGAACUUGUACCGGGCGAUCUAUUACUGGUUAAAGAAGGCGAUUCAGCUGCUGCUGAUGCUCGUAUUAUUUACGUCUCAAACUUGGAAACGGAUGAAGCAUUACUGACAGGAGAGUCACUUCCUGUUAAAAAAAAGUUGAUAGUAUUAGACAAAAUAGGCGAACCUUUGGGUGAUCGCAUCAAUAUGUUAUACAGCUCUACAACUAUUUCAAAAGGUAGAGGUCGAACUAUUGUUACAGCAACGGGUAUGCAGACCGAAAUUGGUAAAAUCGCUUCCAAAUUGAAUGAAGCGGAUCAAGGGGAACGUACGCGCCUUCAAAAAAGUAUGAGUAAAAUGUAUAUUGUUCUUUUGAUUACUGCUAUUGUAUCCGCCAUCAUCGUAUUAGCUUCUGUAAAAUUCAAGGCUAAUUAUGACAUUGCUAUGUACGCUAUCACUGUUGCACUCUCCGUGUUACCCGCAGGUCUCACCACAGUCAUGACUGUCACUUUGGUUUUGGGUGGCAAAGAAAUGACAAAGCACCGUGCUAUUGUUCGAAAAUUGAAGUGCCUUGAAACUUUGGGAAGUGUCACAGCUAUUUUUUCGGAUAAAACAGGAACAUUGACCAUGGCAAAAAUGGUAGUGGUCUGGUUUUGGACGCCCAAGGAAGGUUAUUUUUAUGUCACACCAAAUGGUCUUGCACCUGAGGGCAAAGUUUAUCGUACCUUUGAUGAAUUGAUUGAUAACCCAUUAAAUUCAGAAAAAACAGAAUUGGUUGAAAAAGCAGAAGGUUCAAUCUCUGAAGAUACAAAUCGCUUAAUUGAGUGUGCCGCUCUUUGUAACAUGUCAAGUAUCAAUAGACGUCAAAUAGUUGUCGAGGACCUAAAAAAGGACAUUGCCAUCGCUCCAGAAGUUAUCACACACAAAAAGAAGCACGAAGCAGCUACAAUCGAAUUCGAUAUGGGCGACCAAGAUGAGGCAGAAUCAGAUGAUUGGAUUGCAAAUGGCGCUCCUACAGAAGUCGCACUCCAAGUAUUCGCUCACAAGUUUGGCAAAGGAAAACCUCAAUUAACAGCUGAAAUUGGUUGGGAACUUAUUGAAGAAUACCAAUUUGAUUCUACAGUCAAACGUAUGUCUACUAUCUGGUACAACCGACCUCUUGAGUAUACAUGUGUUUUUACUAAAGGUGCAGUUGAACGCAUCAUACCGUUAUGUGUCAACCUAUCUACGCAAGAAGCUCGAGACAAUGUUAUGAAUCAAGCCAACGCCCUUGCCGCAAAAGGUUUACGCGUAAUGGCUAUGGCCUAUCGGAAUAUUAAAGGAAUGGAUAUAAACGCUGUCAUUAAUACAAGUAAUGGUCGUAAUCUUGUUGAGUGCGAUCUAACGUUCUCUGGUAUUACCGGUAUUUAUGACCCCCCUCGACCCGAGUCACGCCAAGCUGUAAGGGAGGCUCAUAAGGCUGGUAUUUCUGUCCAUAUGCUUACUGGUGAUCAUGAAAUAACAGCCACUGCUAUCGCAAAGGAACUCAACAUAUUGAAUGAAAAAACCAUGCCACCCGAAGCUCUUCGUACUCUUGUAAUGACAGGCCCCCGGUUUGAUGCACUUACUGAUGAAGAAAUCGACGCACUGCCUCAUUUACCAUUUGUCGUUGCCCGUUGCUCACCCGAAACCAAAGUCAAAAUGAUUCUUGCUUCCAAGCGUCGUAAUAAUAUUUCAGCCAUGACAGGAGAUGGUGUCAAUGACUCCCCUUCAUUACGUAUCGCAGAUGUUGGUAUUGCCAUGGGUAAAAACGGUAGUGAUGUUGCCAAACAAGCUUCAGAUGUAAUUCUCACUGAUGACAAUUUUGCAACCAUUAUUCGUGCUAUCUCAGAAGGCCGUCGUAUCUAUCAAAAUAUGCAGCGAUUUUUAUUAUACUUCUGGAUUACGCUUUCUGGUCUUUGGGCGGUACUUUUGCUUUGUUUAGCCAUACGAGAUCCUGAGAACCGUAGUGUUGCACCCAUUUCUACAAUCCAAAUGUUGUAUCUCUAUGUUUCUUUUACCCCACCUGCUGGAGUUCUGUCUGUUUUACCUGCCUCCAAAACAGUCAUGACCGAACCUCCUAGACCCCCCACUGAGAGUAUUUUUAAUCGUGAACUUUUGUUAGAUCUCUUUGUAUACGCUUCCUUCUUUGCUGCAACAUGUAUGAUUGCGUUUUUAGUUCCUUUAUAUACGAUGGGACAUCAUGGCGUCGAAGCUUCUAACUGUGAUUCCAAUUUUGUCUAUGAAGGCUGUUACUCCUUUUACCGUGCACGAGGCACACUUCUACUGUCACUUACCUUUGUUGCUCUCAUUCUUAUGAUUCAUUGUAGAUCUUAUCGAAACAUUGAAUGGGGACGUAAAGGAUUGAAAGAAACUAUCAGAAGUGCACCCAUUACGCUAACCCUAUUUUUUAAUAUCGUUUGCUUUUGUAUCUUUUUCUAUGUGCCUACUGUGGCUGUCAAGGGGUUCUAUAUGCUAGGUGUUACGUGGGAAUGGGGAUUGACAAUGGCUCUAAGUGUUUUAGCAGUUGCUUUUGGAGAAGGAUACAAGUUUUUGAAACGAAAGUAUCUGAAGCCGGAUGAAGCUCAUAUGUUAAGCGAAUUUAUUUGUAUAGAAGACUAA